GUUAACUUUUCGAGCUGUUCGGACGUCAGAGCGGAAUAACCUUAUAUCGCGGGCUUUCAACUCGUUCAGCUCGGUGGCAAACUGUUCAAACUCUGCCGACGACGCAGUAUAUUUGCUGUUCUGUCAAUAUAAAAUUCCCCCACGCAAGAAGUGUUAAACAAAAAUCCACAACUGCAACGCUAAGUGUCUACCAGCGUGACCAUGGCAUCACUUUGCCAAAAGUGUUAAAAUUGUGAAUAUUUAGCAGAAUAAAAUAAGCGAUAAAUACAACCGCAAAGCGAAGAAAGAAGUCUGCCAGAUGGCACUGCUUAUAAGGACGACUCUGCUGCCCCUGCUCCUGAUCGCCUGGAUCCCCUGGAGCGAAGCAAUACCGCUGCAGGCGUUCUCUCCGGAUCCCGAUGAUAGUACCGAGAACUGCGGCGGCGAGAAUGGAGCUCCCCUGAUGACGCCCUGCAAGAGCUCCAUAAUCCUGGAGGCCCAGACAAGCUCGACGCUGAAGUGCGAGGGCGAGGAGCCGCUGACCUGGUGGACCGGCUCGGUAGACAACCUCCAGGGGUACCCGGGGGAUCAAUUUAAUAAUACGGAGGACCCGGCACGACCAUAUGGCACCAGCCUAACACUCUUCGAGGUGACGGCCGAGGACGUGGGUGCGUAUUAUUGCGUCAAGGAUUCGGAAUACCAGAAGAUCUCCGAAAAGUCGGACGAGGCGAUGGUCGAGCUGGUGAACCGGGGCCUGGCCAGCUCCAUCUACGUGUAUGUGAACGACCCAAAUAGCAAAUUGGCAGCCGCCAUGAGCUCCAUAAAUGCCCUGCAAUACACCGACGUUGUGAUACCCUGCAGACCGGCAAUGCCCGACACAGAAGUGUGGCUGGAGACCAACAAUGGAGAGACAUAUUCCAGCACAUCGGUCGGUCGAUACGACCCGAAAAGGGGAUUCACCAUCGAAAUCCGCAGCAUCACGGAUGGCGGCGAGUACUACUGUCGGCCAAAUCCGCCCUUCCCGCACAACGAAGAGGAGUAUACCAGCGUAGAAGUGCACUUUAUUGAAACCGGAUUGGAAAGUCCCAGUACCAGCCCCCCGACAUCGGGGGCCUUGACUAACAUGGGGUAUACCUAUGCAUCAGAUGGCACCGAUGGCGAUGUUACUAACCAAUCGGCGGGUAGAACGGCACUAAUCAGUGGUGAUGGUGAUGGAGCUCUAUCCUGGGAUCGAGUAAGGCGUAGUCCAGCCCGUCUGGCGCCGAUGAAUGCGUCGCCCUCACCCAGACCAGGGCAAAGCGGCAAGCCCCUGCCAAAGCCGGUGAUCAAGACCUCCGGGGACCACCACGUUAUCACGGACACCAACUUCACCCUGGUGUGCGAACAGUCGGCCUUGAUUGAGUCAUUGUACGAAAUCGCCUGGGAUAUACCGUCUCGGGAUAGGAGUCGCAUUAGUAUUACCACAGCAGAAACCGAUCCCAAGACUAGGAACAGCACUCACCAGCUGGGCAGGAGCACUUUGACGGUUAUGGACGCUCAACGCUCAGAUUCCGGCACUUACAAGUGUAUCACCACCGAUAAAACCCAAAAUACAAAAUACUUCGUCAGCUACUUGAUUAGAGUUAUAGGUCCAAACGAAAGCUACCUGAAUGUGUACGAGCCCUCGGGUCAUUAUAACGUACAGGAAAUGGCAAACCGUACGAUCCAGAUGAGGGCCAACUUCGAGGGCUAUCCGACGCCCUCCUUCGCCUGGUUCAAGCCAGACGGAACCGAAGUCCGUCAGGCGGAGCACAACUUCAAGAUCUUCUCCGAGGAGCUGGGCACAAUGCUCCAGGUGCUCAAUGCCCAGCUGCAGGACAGCGGCACCUACAUCCUGCGGGGCUCCAAUGCUUUUCAGACCGUGGUGCGGGAGUACAACGUUAGUGUGAGUGACGGUCCGGUCCUGAGCAUGGCGGACACGUACGUCCAGGUGGGAUCCGUCGCCCGACUGGAGUGCACUGUCCUUUCCUACCCGCCGGCGUUCGUCACCUUCUUCUUCCGUUCCUGCAGCCUGGAGCCCCGUUGGCCCACGUGCUCCAUUCACCAAAAGAACUUUAGCAUACCAGAGGAACGGGCGAAAUAUAAGUUCCUGACGAAGGCGAGACCGGGAAAACUAAGUGUGGAAAGCAUAUACGAGGUGUCCUUCCUGCCCACGGAUCCUGGAAUACUGACCUGUGUUGCCGAGAACAAGGUGAAUGGAAAGGAGCUAAGAUCCUUGACCUCGGCUCAUGUGUUGCUGGGUAAUAUUUCCGAGAACAUGACCAUCCAUGGCUUCGAUAAGAGUCACAAGAUCGCUAAGGAGGAGUAUGUGAGCUUCACCUGCGAGGCGCUGGCCUAUCACUUCGAUGGCAAUCUGCAAUGGCUCCUCAACGGCGAGGAUUUAAAGGAAACCGAACUUGUCCGAACUGAAACCAGUCCUACCAACUACUCCUACAGGAGCACCAUACACAUAACUACGAUUUCCGACCAGGAUCAAGGAACCUACGAGUGCCGAGCCUAUCACAAUUCGAACCAUUCCUUAUACAGCAGUCGCGAGAUAUUCCUCAGCGUCUACGAUCCUUUUGCCCCCCAGUGGCUGGAUACCAGCCUAAAGGACCACAACAAAAUAAAGCGAAAAUUGGGCCAGGGCGUGGAGCUGGAUUGCGCCUCCAAUGCGAUUCCCGCGGCCAAGGUGCGUUGGUACAAGGACGACAAGGAGCUGAACGAAGCCAAAUUCAGAAACAUCACUGCAAACGAUUCCAAGCUGACGAUCAUAUUCCUGUAUCCCGGCGAUGAGGGCGUCUAUAAAUGCCAAGUGGAGAACAGGUUGGACAGGAUCGAGAGGUCCUUCACCGUGGUUAUUACGGAUCUUCCCGGCAUCAGCAUGGCCUGGGUGUGGUUCGGUCUGAUACUUUUCCUCAUCCUGAUCGGCCUGUGCGUCUUCCUGGCCAUUCGCUACCAGAAGGAGCACAAACGGCACCUUGAACUGAAGGCAGCUGGCCUGGCCAACUUCGAGGAGGGGGCCGUGGCCCACAUUAAUCCCGACAUGACCUUGGAUGAGCAGGCGGAAUUCUUGCCCUACAAUCGCCAAUUUGAAUUCCCGCGGGCGAACCUGACGCUGGGCAAGCAGCUGGGAGCCGGAGCCUUUGGCGUGGUGCUCAAGGGAGAAGCCAUAGGAAUCCGCAAGGAGGAGCCCAGCACCACGGUGGCCGUGAAGAUGGUCAAGCGAACGGCCGACAACGAGGUGGUCAGGGCACUGGUCUCCGAGCUCAAGAUAAUGGUCCACAUGGGCCAGCACUUGAAUGUGGUCAAUCUCCUGGGAGCCGUCACCAAAAACAUUGCAAAACGCGAACUCAUGGUCAUCGUUGAGUACUGUCGCUUUGGCAACAUUCAGAACUUCCUGAUGAAAAACCGGAAGUGCUUCAUCAACCAAAUCAAUCCGGACACCGACCACAUAGAUCCCUCCAUCAUGACCCAGCGCAUUUCCGAUAACUUUGACCUGCACCGCGAUGCGAAUGGUGGUGGUGGUGGUGGUGGCUUGAAGUACGCCAAUAUCGGUUUCCCGAUCCACACGUACGUCAAUGAACCGCACAACAAUAACACGCAACCGCCAACUCACCGCAGGAACUCGGACAAUGAUCCCCGGUCGGGCACCCGAGCCGGACGUCCCGGAUCCGGAACGGCCACCUACAGCUAUGAGCGGCAGAUGGACACCUGUGCCACCGUGAUGACCACAGUGCCGGAGGAUGACCUAAUAAUGUCAAAUAACUCCGUGCAACCCGCCUGGCGUUCCAACUACAAGACGGACUCCAACGAGGCGAUGACAGUGACCACUGUGGACCUGAUCAGUUGGGCCUUCCAGGUGGCCCGCGGCAUGGAUUACCUGGCCUCCAGGAAGGUGUUGCACGGUGAUCUGGCUGCCAGGAACAUUCUCCUCUGCGAGAACAAUGUGGUCAAGAUCUGCGACUUUGGUCUAGCUCGGUCCAUGUACCGAACGGACAACUACAAAAAGUCGGAGAGUGGCAAACUGCCGAUUAAGUGGCUUGCGCUAGAGUCCCUCAGCGAUCAUGUCUUCAGCACCUACAGCGACGUUUGGUCCUACGGAAUUGUCCUGUGGGAGAUGUUCUCGCUGGCCAAGGUUCCGUAUCCGGGCAUAGAUCCCAACCAGGAGCUGUUCAACAAGCUGAACGAUGGCUACCGCAUGGAGAAGCCGCCGUAUGCCAAUCAAGAGCUCUACGAGAUUAUGCUUGAGUGCUGGCGGAAGAAUCCCGAGAGCCGACCUUUGUUCCCUGAGCUGGAGCAGCGUUUUGCCAAAAUGCUGGGCGAAGAUGUGGCCAAUCACUACCUGGACCUGAACACUCCGUACAUGGAGACCAACAUAGAGAGCACGAAGAACCAAACUACGGAUUAUCUGGGCCUGAUGGGAUCACCAGACGAAGUGGCGCCGUCGGCUCCGCGCUACGUUAACGGGCUCGUGGUACCCAAAAUCCACAUCUGUGAGUCGCCGGAUGACUACACUCCGAUGAACCCGGCGAAUUCCGAACCCGAUGCCAGCACCGCCAUCUUCUCACCCACGCGCCUUGAAAACGAAGGCUCCGACUUCCAGGACUUCUCAAGCGAAACCACUUUUCAAUUCCCAGGAGAGCGUCAGUCUCCGACGUUGAGUAACAACCUGAACAGUGGAUCGAGCAAGCCGCUCCGCAAGAAGAACGGUCUGCCCACAGUGGAUGCGGCGGACCAGGCGCCCGAGGAGAUACCCAUGCUGCAGCGCCGCUCCACGGGAUCGGAGGAGAGUCCGGAGCAGGGCAGACGGUUCAACCAGGCCCUCAAGCAGCAGUACGUCACUCCGACGCCCUCGCCCCGCCAUCACGUGGAGACCAAACUCAAUGGCGACUCCUCCGAAAGCUAUGUGAAUGUGAAGCCGCCCAGGAAGAAUAUACCCGGCAAAACAGCAACCGGUGGCGGGGGUGCGCCCACGGAUGCCUUCUCCAAUCCCAGCUACCAGCCACUGUCCACCGUCAACGAGAAGGAGCAGCGAAGGUACUAGGAAUUCCCGAAGCCAUUAGCCUAAGACUUAGACCUCUUCACAGCUCAGUUGGAGUUUUAAAUGGCAUUUAAAUUAGUCAAUUCUAAACGAAAGCAACUGAUACCUAAUUGGCCUUAGGAAAGCAGGAACCUGAAAUCAUAAUACAGCACGAUAUAAUCUUUGAAAUUUCAACUCAACUGCUUAGGGGCCUUUAAGAGAACAAUUCUACAAAGUGGCAUUGUUAUGAUUCUGAUAUAGACUUAAGACCACCCACACUCACUCCAUGUUAUAUACUAUUAAUGCCAUUUCAUGUUUUAAUUUAGUCUAGACCUAAGCCUAAACUUAUCUACUAUGUGUAACUGAAUGUCUUGUAUUCUGUGUGUGCAUGUACUUUCGACUACUCAAAUACAAUGGGUAUAACAACUA